CGAAUUGCAUAACGAUCGUGUGAACUCUGGUUGCUUUGGUUCGCGUCUGUAUUUCACGUCCUCAUACUGAGGGUGGUCGGGAGAUAUGAGCGCCGAGGAUUCCUUCAACGCACAGGACUUGCAAACGAAGGUUUUGAAGUCUGAGAACAAGCGGUUCUACCUAGAUGUCAAGGAGAACAACCGGGGGAGGUUCCUCAAGAUAACUGAGGUCAACACGCAAGCCCGAACCAAGAACAAGAUUACUCUUGCGCUUAGUUCGGUUGAAGAAUUCAGGGAUUUCCUCAACAUGUUUGCCGAGUUUUACAACAACUUGGGCCCAACCCCGGCUAUUACAACUCGAGAUGGAAAGUUGAAAAGUGAGUUUAUGAAGAAAGACGACAAGAGGUACUUCCUGGAUCUGAAGGAGAACAGUCGAGGCAGAUUUUUGAGGGUUAGUCAGGUGGUCAGAUAUACUCGGCAACAUGUUGCCUUCCCUGCUAUUCUUCUCAUUGAACUGAGGAACGCUAUCAAUGAGGUGAUUGAAGAGUUUGGUGGUGAUGAUGGAGAAGGUGCACAGAACUCCUUGCCCCAAUCCAGAGAGUGUAAAGUCGAACAGAAGAAGUUUUACUUUGAUGUUGGAAGAAAUGAUCGGGGUGUAUUCUUAAGACUGACGGAGGCGAAGAACAACUUUAGACAGAAUAUAACCAUCCCAAGAAGCGGUUGGAAGCAAGUUCGAGAUAUUUUAGACGAGUUUUGUAGGUACGAAGAGAACGGUGCCGGUGGGUACAGCACGUUCCCGAUAACUGACGAGCCAUCCGGGCCUACCUCCCCAGUAUUCUACAAAGAUCCUGCUGAGGGAGAGUAUUAACCCUGCUGAGAGCAAAUCGUGCAAGACUCAGGUCUUAGGUGAGAUCGUAUCUUGCGUGAAAGAGUAAGUUUUAUCCAGUAUUUAUUCCUUUCGUAUGGUCUGUGUUUCAAUGCUGUCUUUUCACAGCUGGCGGACUAUUGUUUUUAUUUUGAAAAGAAUGAACUUUUAGUUAUGGUUGUGGGAUCUUUUGUUUAUAAGAUGGAUUCAUUGUAAAAUGUUAUGAUUUAAACCGCUUUAUCUAGGAGGUUAAAUUUCCUCGACAUUUUUACUCUUUAAAAAUAUUUAUAAGUGUACUUAUUGAUAUAUUUGACAAAAUUAUGCAUGGAUGAAAGAUGAUUAUUUUCUUAUCGUGAAUAGACGAGUAUUUUGAGUUUGUUUGCUAUUUUCCGGUGAUCGCCCGUUUUGUUUGAAAAUUUACACUGUUUUGAUCCCGCAAUUUAUUUUAAGCUGACUUCUUUCUCAGCGUGAAGAUUAGAGCAUAGGUCUCUUUCUAAUUCAGUCCAUAUCUUAUGCUUUUGAAACAACUAUAUCAUUGUCAAGAGUAAAAAUUUAUCAGAGAUUUUUAUUAGUCAUUUAUCCCUAAACAAGUUAUAUUGAUCGCUAUGAAGGAUGAUUUUGAACCGUAUGAUAUGGAUUUGAAUUUUCGAAUGUAAUGAAUGUUAGCUACACCGAUCACCGCAGCGUCACUUUAAAGCUAUAUUUUAAAGUUCCUAAUCGACGAGGGAUUUUCAACGAACCUUCCCAAAAUAACAUGCAACAUUUCUUCCUACACGAACAAAACUCUGAAUUUUCUGAAACGUGUGUGCUUGCAAAUCCCUCGUCAAUCCCUGGUUUUGACCUCGAUUUCCUGCGCAGUUCAGCUUUUGCAAUACUGAGUACCAAGUCUUGAGCUCCACGGGGCUCACAAUCUCUUUUAUAUGAGCCCCGGUCUCGAGAAUUGCAGCUGUUUGCCUCAAGCUGGUGCUGUGCAGGGACCGGGCUUUCAAGCAGGGACAUUACUCGGUAGUGUCUGUGUCGUAAGUUUUAACUUAUAAGGGGAUUUCCCGUGGAAAGCUUAGCAAUAACAUGGUUGUUUUUCCCGUGGAAAAGUGAAGUGUAGGCGGGUCAAGUUCUAUUUAUAUCUUUUAUUUGACCCUGGUGAAGAACGUUUAUGAUUUCGGCUAAGAUGUGAUUUGAUGAAAUGUCAUUUUCUUUGAAGCUGCACAACAAGUGCAUACCGCUAGGUUUCAGCUUGACCAUCUUUCUGGCAAGCUGGGUACUCGCUUUAAAGUAAACAUUUCUCAGAUAUACCGAUUUCUUUAAGAUCUUUAAGAUCUUUAAAUAAUCGAUACCGUUAAAAGCAAUCUUGUGCAGGUGGGGCAUUUUCAUCAAGUUUCCUUUCAGAACAUCCAUUACUAGAAUCACGUAUUAAUGCAUUCUUAAGUACAAUCAUGUAUUCACAUAAUUUUUGUUAAAGUACUAAUACCUAAAUAUAGCCAUUGCAUAAGAAACGAUCAUUUGAUCAUAAAUUCCUGAUAUCACAUCAACAUAAAGACCACACCUAGAUUUAAUCUAAAAUUAAUGGCAAACUUUACCAAGUUCCGGGAAUGGGUGUUCUGAAAUCCUUUCAAUCUUUUUAGACCGUAACAUGACAAUCCCUAACACUUUUACUACCUAUCUUGAUGUCAUGUUGUCACCUAGAAUUCAAAAUUACCUUCCUUAUUUUAUCCUAAAAUCGAGCCCACCGACGCAACCCUCGAAAGAAAGUCAAGUACUAUUACACAACAUAUCUCAUGUCAAACACAAGGAAAUGUAUCCGCGUGCUGAUCCGUUUUAGUUCGAGGGUUGAGUCUGGCUCUAGUUUCAUGAACUGAUCACGAUGUACGUUCCAUAGGUAGAGAUUCUCUCAAACUACAUGUUUAGCAGUUUAUCCUGUUUAUUUUGUACCAGCUGACACAGUUUGAUCGAGUUCCGGACAAGAUGUGAUUAUGGCUGAUACAUAUCUAGAUAUGUAUCUAGAUAUGUAUCAGGAUAUCUGAAUGCGAGGAGCGAGAGAGAGAAAGCAUUCUCAUCCUGCAAACUGUGUCGGUUUGAAAUUUCCUAAGAAUACUUGUCAAUGUGGAAAUUUCAGAUAGAGUACGCCCUCAUACUGUUACCUACAUAGAGAGAUUAAGAGUGGUCUAAUCACCAUUUUCUUUUCCGAAAAAUGGGGUUAGAAAUAUUAUAUUCUCUUUAAGUAUCAACAGCAAAAACUCUACCACCGCUAGAGGACUUUUUGUCUGGAUAUCUAGCAUCUGAUCUAAAUCAUGUGUGUUGCAAACUAUUUGCUCAGAAAAGUCAAACCCUUUGAAAUCGUGGAGUUUUUGCUGUUACAAAUAUUAUAUAUCAUGCCGUAAAACCGAUGUCUUAAGCAUUUAAAUUGUUUAAUAUAGAUAUAUUGAUCAUUAUAAUAGUAAUUAUAGCUUUUGGAAUGCCGAAUAAUUUUAGUAGUAUCCUCUUGGUGCAAGUCCGGCCGGAGUUGCUCUGUGACCCUGAACAUGCCGAGCAGUGCUCUUGUCGAGCUGUUCUCCCGUUAAUUUAUCUUUCGCUCAGUCCGGAAACCAUUGCACUUGUAAGUGAGGUCAUCUCUAUAAAUAGUGGUGAUCUCGUCGCAUAACUGUGCAGUUUGAAUUUGCCGCCAUUAUGUUUUCUCUGAUUAGUUCCCUGCUUAGGACAAAGCUCACCCCGGAAAUUGUAAUGUUGACGAGUAUUCUGUUGGGCGAGGCUUGGUAUUUGAAGACGGCAGUAACUCCGUCAUUCUUAUCUAAACUUCCAGAUUGGAUGUUAAAGAGUUGUGCCUGACCUAUCCGGGCUAAUAUCAAGUAUUGCCUUGAGCUGUAAAAUUAGUAAGAACACCUCAAUCCCAGUAAUCGACUAUAAUAUCAAGAACUAGAUUAUUAGAGCAAUAAGUGAGUCCCGACUCCGGGACUAAUCUCCGUCGAGAAGUGAGUCCUGAUUCCAGGACUUAUCCCCGGCUGGACCGUUUUGCACCGAGUUGUAAAGCUCACAACCGUCUUGUAUUUACAAGUGACCAUUAUUACUCUUUAAGUUAUAUUAUUUACUUGUCAGAAA